AUGGCGAAUACACUAACAAACUACGCCGCCUACAUCGAUCCAACCACCAAAACAACCCGGAUAGGGCAUCUGGACCUUGGAACAUCUACGAUAACGCCCCUCUCCUUCCGGUCCGGUGCCCCUCUUACCGACCUCUAUCAAGCAAUAACCGCCGGCGAGGCCAACAUCGCAACGCACCCAGGCCAAGAAACUCUCCCACUGUCCAGUGUCAAACUUCUUCCCCCAAUCUCUGGCCGCGACGUGCUAGCCGUGGGAAAGAACUACUCAGAGCACGCGCGUGAAUUCAAUACCUCGGGCUUUGAUGCCAGCGACAAAAAUGACCAACCCACGCACCCCGUCAUCUUCACCAAACGCGCCACCUCAAUUAUCGGUCAUGAGGACCCGAUCCUCCUGCACCCGGAAUUCACCAGUACACCCGACUACGAGGGUGAGAUUGGAGUGAUUGUUGGAAAGCCUGGAUUCCGCAUCUCUGAAGAGCAAGCCAUGGAACAUAUCUGGGGUUACACGAUAAUCAACGACAUGACGGCGCGCGAACGCCAACGCGACCACAAACAAUUCUUCCUGGGUAAGUCGCCCGAUACGUUCUGUCCGAUGGGUCCAAUUGCCGUACCCAAGGAAGCGCUGCCAGAGGACUUGAUCGUGCAGACGCACGUGAACGGAGAGAAAAGGCAGGAGGCAUCGAUCAAGGAGUUGAUUUUCAGUAUCCCGACUCUUGUGGCGAGUAUCAGCGCCGCGCAGACAUUGCAGGCGGGAGAUGUUUUGGCGACGGGAACGCCGUAUGGUGUGGGAUUUGGGUUUCGGCCGAUGAAGUUCCUGCAGCCUGGGGAUGAGGUCUGUGUUAGUGUCACGGGGUUGGGGACCUUAAAGAACCAGAUUGCUAGCCUUGAUGCUGUCAAUUAUACGACCGAGCGAGUGAAUAGUGAUCAAAGUGUCAUUGCAGUCUCCAACACAAAGGCUCCUGCAGGAUCGGGAUUGAGCAGGAUCAACGGAAAGAAUUUCUUUUACCAGCACGUGGGCAACAAGGACGGACCACCAGUUAUCUUCAUCCACGGACUAGGCGCAUCAUCAACAUACUUCACUCCGCUGGUAUCUAAGCUCGAACGAUCAUAUUCCCUGCACCUUCUCGACCUCGAAGGACACGGCCUCUCGCCAACAUCAGCAUUGAGCGAACUCACUAUCGCCUCGUAUGCCGAGGACAUUUACCAAACGGUACAGUUUGCAUCAAUCAACACCCCCGCCACAAUAAUCGCCCACUCAAUGGGCUGCCUGAUUGCCGCACAUCUAGCCCUGCACCACCCAGAGCAAGUCUCCAAGCUCAUUCUCCUUGGCCCUCCACCAUCACCACUCCCCGAACCCGCCAGCCAAGCGAUGUACGCCCGCGCCGCCCUAGUCCGCGAAAAAGGCAUGCUAGCCGUCGUCGACGCGAUCAUCCAAGCUGGUCUAUCUGCACAAGUUCGCGCGAAUAACCCAUUAGCCGUCACGGCUGUUCGGCUGUCAUUACUUGGACAGGAUGCGGAGGGGUAUGCGAAGGGGUGUAUGGCGUUGGCUGCUUCUGCCAGAGAAACGCUGAACUUUGGAAAACUUAAGUGCUCGGUUUUUAUUGUUACCGGAGAGGAGGAUAGGGUUGGCUCGGUGGAGGUCUGUGAGAGGUAUGCGGGGCAGGUUGAGGAUGGGAAGGUUGACAUGCUUAGGGGUGUUGGGCAUUGGCAUUUGCUAGAGGAUGUACAGGGGUGUGUUGAUGCUGUAUUGUGUGCGCUAUAG